AUGCGUGUCUUCAAACUGCUGGCGCUUGCGGCGCUAUCGUGGACAGCUCUCGCCGCCAAAAAGCCAGCGACGACGAGUAAAUACGACACCUAUUCUGCCAAACAAGCCUCCUCCGCACCCAUUGAGUUGGACGAGAAAGGAUACAAUGAAUUGACUGCUGCACCUCGCGACUACUCGCUAGCAGUUCUCCUGACCGCCCGCGACGCAAGAUACGCCUGUGGAUUAUGUAAAGAGUUUGAUCCGGAAUGGAGCAUACUGGGCCGCAGCUGGCAGAAGGGUGAUCGCCAUGGAGAACAUCGACUGCUGCUGACCACGGUGGAUUUCGACCAUGGCAGAAAUGUCUUUAUGAAGCUUCAACUCCAAACCGCACCUGUACUGCUCUAUUUCCCUCCCACCGUCGGGCCGAACGCGAAACCGGAUGGUCAACCAGCCCGGCUCGACUUCCUGGGUCCUCAAACGGCCGACAGCGUGCGGAACUGGCUUUUGAGACAGCUACCACCUGGCGAUUACCCUGCUAUCAGCCGACCGAUCAACUAUGCGAGGAUAGGAGCCACGAUCACAAUCCUCUUGGGAGUGUUUACAUUCAUGACCGUGGCCUAUCCAUAUGUGCUGCCCAUCAUUCAGAACCGCAACCUGUGGGCCGGUAUCAGUUUGAUUUUGAUCCUACUGUUCACCAGCGGCCAUAUGUUCAACCAUAUCCGAAGAGUUCCUUACGUUGCCGGAAAUGGUCGCGGGGGCAUUACCUAUUUCGCCCCCGGCUUCCAGAAUCAAUACGGCAUGGAGACACAAAUUGUAGCUGCCAUGUAUGCCUUGCUUGCAUUCGCUACCAUCAACCUGGCCAUUCGAGUGCCGCGUAUCAAAGACCCUCGCACUCAGCAAUUAGCCGUCAUUAUUUGGGCGACCGUUCUUUUUGGAAUGUACAGCUUCCUCAUGAGCGUUUUCCGGAUCAAGAAUGGCGGUUAUCCGUUCUGGCUACCGCCGUUUUAG